AUGGCGAACAAGACCAUUUUCGGGCCCAAUGUGUUCGUCUUUGACCCAACCAUGGGUGCUGGGGACAUCCAAGAACAGGCAACUAGAAUUUUCAAGGAAAUGGAAGCGAAUGAGUUCGGCCAGCAACGCUAUGCUCUACUCUUCACUCCAGGAUCGUAUCCUGUCUUGUUCGACGUUGGAUUCUACACGUCGGUUGCAGGCCUAGGACGAAGCCCCGACGACGUAGUCAUCACUGGCGGCGUCAACGUUCCUGCAUAUUGGAUGCCGAACCGCAAUGCGACGUGUAACUUCUGGCGGUCCUUCGAAAAUUUGGCCAUUGAAGCUUCGGAUGCCACUAACAAAAUUACAACCAUAGCCGUCUCACAGGCUGCACCACUACGUCGCAUGCACAUCAAGAGUGCUGGUGGGUUGUGGUUGUUUCAAGUUGACCCCGACACUGGGGCAGGUGGUUGGGCCAGCGGUGGCUAUAUGGCCGAUUCAAUCAUUGAUGGACAAGUCCUCCCUGGAUCACAGCAGCAAUGGAUCUCUCGGAACAGUAAAUGGGGAAGUUGGGCAAAUGGUGUUUGGAACAUGGUCUUUGUAGGCUGCAAUAGCGCUCCAAGCCAGGCCAACUAUCCCAAAGAGCCUUAUACCACUAUCGACCACACCCCGGUUGUUCGAGAAAAGCCGUAUCUUUAUGUUCAGGGCAAGGAUGAGUACUUCGUCUUCGUGCCAGCUCUACAGAAAGAAAGCCAAGGGCCGAGCUGGGCGAAUGCACCCUCUCCUGGAACAUCAAUGCCGAUUUCCGAUUUCUAUAUCGCUCAACCAGCGACCUCUACUUCGGCCAGCAUCAAUGAAGCUCUUAGUAUUGGCAAGCAUGUCCUCUUCCCACCCGGAAUAUACCACCUGAAGGAGGCAUUGCACGUGCUCAAGUCCAACACUAUCAUCCUCGGACUUGGCUUUCCUACAAUCAUACCCACUUCAGGCCAACCCGCUAUUUGCAUAUCCGAUGUAGAUGGCGUCACAAUCGCAGGCCUCAUCAUAGAUGCCGGUCCUUUGAACUCACCAUCGCUUCUCGAGGUCGGUCCUGCAGGCAGCUCAGCUACUCACAAGUCCAAUCCCACUGUUCUGUACGAUCUGACAGUUCGUACAGCUGGCCCAACAGCUGGCCAAAAUGAGGUUGGCAUCAUGAUCAACAGUCACGAUGUUGUCGGCGACCAACUCUGGUUGUGGCGCGCUGACCAUGGCGCCGGCGCUGGCUGGGAUACAAAUCGAACCAAGAAUGGCCUCGUUGUGAAUGGGAAUGAUGCUACGAUUUACGGCUUAUUCAAUGAGCAUCAUCAAGAGUAUCAAACAUUGUGGAAUGGGAAUGGAGGUCGAUUGUACUUCUAUCAGUCCGAGAUUCCGUACGAUCCACCCGCUCAAGAGAAAUGGAAAUCUGAUGAAGGACACCUCAACGGUUAUGCCUCGUACAAGGUGGCGGAUAAUGUAACCAGCCACGAAGCAUGGGGGCUUGGGGUCUACUGCUACUUCCGAGACAGUCCAGCAAAGGUAGAGAAUGCAAUCGAGGUUCCCAACACGGCAGGAGUCAAGAUUCACCACAUGACGACCGUCUGGCUCAACGGCGUGGCCGGCAGCGAGAUCACACAUGUAAUCAAUGGUGAGGGAGACCCUGUGCACGCUAACAGCCCCGAGGCAGCUAUGCGGCAAACAAGAAAUGAGUAUCCCUCUGCCUGA